UCCACACAUAAAAGUAGGUUCGCUCGUGCCACCUGUAGGCCACAUUUUCUCGUCUCCCUCAAAAACGACGACGACCACCACCACCAGCGACGUGGCGACACGCGAACCAAACCCGAAAAGUCAAUCGCCGGAGCAAAUCCCAACUCAGAAUCGGCCGAGAGGAAGAAAGACGAAUCUUAGCGUAUGGUGUCCGUGAACGCGAACCCGGCGCAAGGGUUUUACUUCUUCAAUCCCGCCAACAUGGGGAUCCAGGGGGUCAGCGCCGGUUCCCCGCCGCCUUCGACCGUUGCCAUGGCGGGCUCGGCCGCGAACUCUGCGUCAUAUGCGGAGGAUCCGAGCAAGAAGGUGCGCAAGCCGUACACUAUCACCAAGUCCAGGGAGAGCUGGACCGAUCAGGAGCACGACAAGUUCCUGGAAGCGCUUCACCUGUUUGAUCGUGAUUGGAAGAAGAUUGAAGCUUUUGUUGGAUCGAAAACUGUUAUUCAGAUUCGUAGCCAUGCACAAAAGUAUUUUUUAAAGGUUCAAAAGAAUGGGACAAGCGAACAUGUACCACCGCCACGGCCAAAAAGGAAAGCUGCCCAUCCUUACCCACAGAAAGCACCUAAAGCUCCAGUUGUUUCCCAAGUCAAUGGGCCAUUUCAAGUUUCAUCCGCAUUUUUGGAGCCCGCGCAUGUUGGCAGACCUGAUGGAUCAACAUUCCUUGGGAAUUCCCUUACAGGUGCAGCCUUGUCUUCAUGGAGUCAUAACUCUGUACCUGCAAUGAGUGCAUCACAGGGGGCAAAAGAUGUACGAAUUUCUGGCCCACCAGUUCCAAGUAAUUGUUGCAACAGCAGCAGUAAUGACAGUACACCGAGGUCCUCGUGCAACGGUCAGGCGAUUGAACCUGUGGAUCAGCAGAAACAUCUUAGAGUUAUGCCAGAUUUUGCUCAAGUUUAUAGGUUCAUCGGUAGCGUUUUUGACCCAGAUGCCAGUGGUCACCUACAGAGAUUGAAGCAGAUGGACCCUAUAAAUAUGGAGACGGUAUUGCUCUUGAUGAAAAAUCUCUAUGCAAAUUUGACAAGUCCCGAAUUCAAGAAAUAUCAGCAAAGCUUGUUUGCCUCAUAUGAUGGCGGUCCUAAGAAGUCCAAAUCUGGCGGUUCCUUCAAUUUCCUCCCCGAAAAAUCUGGAAGCCUAAUUCUGUCUGCGUAACUUGUAACUUAAACAAACUUGACCCGUUCAAGUCGGGCAUCGUUGGGGAAAUGCACCGGCUUUGAAGAUCAAGAUCACUGGUGGAGAAUAAGAUGCACAAGGAUCGCUGAGCUGUGGGACUUGCAAACUGUUGGGUCAGUAACUGAAGUUUGGGCUUGUGGUUUUUGUAGGUGUGUAAAUAUCCUGUGAAAUGGAAACGGCAGUUUGUGGAAAUACUUUGAGAGACAUCAUCGGAAGCUGUACUUCCAAUAGGCUAUGUAUAGAUUUUUAUUGGACUUUGUAUAUAUAUGGCUUUGAGGUACAGAGAUGUCGUGCGACCUAGAACAAAAAUUAGGCCUCAGGUGUGUGUACGUAUGCCUGUGUAAAAUCGAAGAAGAAGUAGUGAGUUGUGUUUGAGCAGGCUAUGGUUUAAGGUGAACCCUAUAUUGCAGUGCAGUGGCUGCCCUCU